GCCCCCAUGUGAUGCGCAUCAGCUACUAGCUUAGAUCUAGACAUACAUUAUCAUCAUGUCUCCAAUUCCAAACGUCACGCCAAUGGAUCGUGCCGUGGUGGCGGCCGCCAUGGCCGCCGUCGCGCUGCUGUGCCUCCAGCUGCCGGCGGUGACCCGCGGCCAGCUUCAGGUGGGGUUCUACAACACCAGCUGCCCCAACGCCGAGUCGCUGGUCCGACAGGCGGUGGCGAACGCCUUCGCCAACGACUCCGGCAUCGCCGCCGGCCUCAUCCGGCUCCAUUUCCACGACUGCUUCGUCAGGGGCUGUGACGCGUCCGUGCUGCUGACCUCCCCGAACGGUACGGCGGAGCGCGACGCGGCGCCCAACAAACCGAGCCUCCGCGGGUUCCAGGUGAUCGACGCCGCCAAGGCCGCCGUGGAGCAGAGCUGUGCGCGCACGGUGUCCUGCGCGGACAUCGUCGCCUUCGCGGCGCGCGACAGCAUCAACCUCACGGGCAACGUGGCCUACCAGGUCCCCUCAGGCCGCCGCGACGGCAAUGUCUCCAUCGACCAGGACGCGCUCAACAACCUGCCCCAGCCCACCUUCACGGCGGCGCAGCUGGUGGCCAGCUUCAACAACAAGUCCCUCACCGCCGAGGAGAUGGUCAUCCUCUCCGGCGCCCACACCGUCGGCCGCUCCUUCUGCACCUCUUUCCUCGCCCGCAUCUACAACGGGUCCAGCCCCAUCGUUGACUCGGGGCUGAGCGCGGGGUACGCGACGCUGCUGCGCGCGCUGUGCCCGUCGAACGCGAACGCGUCGACGCCAACGACGACGGUGAUCGACCCGAGCACGCCGGCGGUGCUGGACAACAACUACUACAAGCUGCUGCCGCUCAACCUGGGCCUCUUCUUCUCCGACAAUCAGCUGCGCGUCAACGCCACGCUCAACGCGUCCGUCAACAGCUUCGCGGCGAACGAGACGCUGUGGAAGGAGCGGUUCGCGGCGGCCAUGGUGAAGAUGGGCAGAAUCGAGGUGCUCACGGGGAGCCAGGGAGAGAUCAGGCUCAACUGCAGCGUCGUCAACAAUCGCUCCUCGUCCUCGGUGGCGGCGCCGGGGAUCGAGACGAUGGCGGACGCGCGCUACUCCGGAUCCACCGCGUCCCUCGAUGAGAUCGCCACGAGCUGAUCGUGAUGAUGAUACACGUACAUGUGUGCACACACGUCUAUCGUUAGGUUAUGAUCAGAGUACACGUGUUGUUUGUACACAGCACGUACGCCCUACGUGAGUACGUAGCACCGCACGUGUGUGUCCUUACUGUUUUUGUGUGUGUGCGUGUCACGCGUACACGAAUUGUCCUGUGACCAUAUCCCAUGCGUGCCGUAUAUCAGCAGUGAAUAAAACUGGUGCUCUUACACCGAUAAUUGAUCGAU